AGAGGAGAAGAGCGAGUGCUUGAGAAAGAAGAGGAAGAGGAAGAUGAUGAAGAGGAAGAUGAUGAUGAUGAUGUAUCUGAGGGCUCAGAAGUGCCCGAGAGUGACCGUCCUGCAGGUGCCCAGCACCACCAGGUUAAUGGCGAGAGGGGCCCUCAGACUGCCAAGGAGAGGGUCAAGGAGUGGACGCCCUGUGGACCCCAUCAGGGCCAGGAUGAAGUGCGGGGAUCUGUACCUGGCAGUGGCAGCCGCCAGGUGUUCUCCAUGGCCGCCAUGAAUAAGGAAGGGGGAUCAGCCUCUGUUGCCACCGGGCCAGAUUCCCCAUCCCCUGUGCCUUUGCCCCCAGGAAAACCAGCCCUACCUGGGGCCGACGGGACCCCCUUUGGCUGUCCUCCCGGACGCAAGGAGAAGCCGACUGACCCCGUGGAGUGGACGGUGAUGGACGUGGUGGAGUACUUCACGGAGGCAGGCUUCCCGGAGCAGGCCACAGCUUUCCAAGAACAGGAAAUCGACGGCAAGUCUUUGUUGCUCAUGCAACGCACAGACGUGCUCACCGGUCUGUCUAUCCGCUUGGGCCCCGCCCUGAAAAUCUAUGAGCAUCAUAUCAAGGUGCUUCAGCAAGGCCACUUUGAGGAUGAUGACCCGGAUGGCUUUUUGGGCUGAGCACCCAGCCUUGCCCUACCCCUACCCACUCCAACCCCCAUCUUGCCCAAGACCCCCAGAGUCCAUGAGCUGGAUGGGGACACCCUCAGCCCUCAUAACAGACUCCAGUGAGGGGGGCGCCCUUCUCUGCUCUCUCUCCCCUUUGUCUCAAACACAUCUGCCCCCCAACACAUGCCCUGCUCUACAGAAGUAGAGUAUGGGGGGGGACUGGGCCUGCUCAUUCACCCCAAAGGCCAACCCUCCCCUCAACCCAGGACAUUUUUGAAAAAAAAAUAAGGGGGGGCCUCCCAUCUCCCCGAGAUUCAGUUCAGCCAGAUGUUUCUUAUAUAAAUGUUUUGUUCUGCCUGUUCAUUUUGGUGGGUGGUCUUUCCUUCCUCCCCCACCACCCAUGCCUGCUCCCAGCCUGCUGCCCCUGGCCUCCAGCCCCUGGGGAGCAUCUGGGGUGGGUCCCUGGGUCUUCUCCUCUCCUCUCCCUUCUGUCGAUCAUUGCUCCAGCUGGCUGUAUUGCUUUUUAAUAUUGCACCGAAGGUUUUUUAAAUAAAAUUUUAAAAAAAGAAAA